AUGGACCCGGGACAAUCGCGUCUCGCCUUCCGGACUGCGCCUCGACGCAUCUUGCAGAGACUCAUAUCCUUAACAGAGACAACGAGGAAACGAUCCAACGCGAAGCGAUCGCCAGCGCGGAAGAACAGAGGAGAAGGAUCGGAGAGAUGUCUCCUCCUCGAACUUCCCACGGAAUUACUAUUCCAUAUAGUCUCGUAUCUUGAUCACCUGUCGGAAGCAACCUUGGCUUUAACGUGCAGGCGGCUUUUCGCAAUUUCCGGUUCUGCUCUUCGCUCAGAAACGCUUCGGUUCGACAAAGAUUUUGCGCCACUGUUUCAUCACUAUAAAAACGAGCAGAGCUUUGCGACACAGAGAUGGAAGCUUAUGAAGCUGUUGGAAGAUAAGAAGUGGCGCCUCUGUUCGAAAUGCCUGAAGUUGCACCCAUCUGAUGCUUUCCCGUCCAAAGAAUUAAAACGGUGUGCUGAGGUUCGAACGUGCAAUCUUGGGGAGCUGGCUGGGAUUGUCGAUCUGUGUCCUUGCAAGAAAUUGACUUUUCGGGACAAGCUUGAUCUUGUUGAUCAGCUGAAGGCACGAGAAGAGGUGCUGCAGGUAAUGAGCUUGUCGUGGACGCAUCGACCGCCCGAACGCUACUGCUGGCACUCGUGCGUUUCGAGAUAUGGAAAGACGGAGCUGAAGAUCGAGAUCUACCCGGAGCUGGACGAAGCUGGACGGCUGCUCGUACGGACCGAGUAUCAUCUAUCGACCGAGCCAACAGCACUGGGAAAGGAGCAACACAUGACGCCGCGUUUCGGUUGUGCGCAUCGAUCGAUGGAUCUCUGGCUAUCUAGCGUCUGUCAGACAUUAUACUGCCAUCUAUAUGAUUCUUUCUGCACCUCCUGCAAACGGAUGUCGGCGUGCAGUUCUUGUGACACAGUAUUGAAGUGCCCGAAGAAACGACCAUACUACCACGCCGAAACAAAGCAAGCGACGUACUUCUUCUGGACCCAGCGGUGUCUGGGGAAGACCACCACACACCCAGAUCGGAGCUGGGCUGCGCAGAGAAUCCAUCCAGCAGACAGUUUUAUCACUUGGGAUAACUGUCGGGAGCUCUGUCCGUGGACGAUCAGGGAACACCCCCCGCUUAGCCGCCCUCCGUCCUUGGGAUUGGAUAUCCUAGACCCUGCCCUAGACGAUCACGUCUUACGACAGCUCUAUUCGUCAAUCCAUAUGGUUUGA